AUGCUAAGUUCCACGAUUUGUGACAUUUGUCUUGACUGCUUGGCGGAUAUUUUGCACUUCGUUUGAGAUUUGUUUUGUGAUUUGAAUAAUUUUGGUUGUACUUACAAAUCAACAAUAAAAUUCAUACAAAUCCGAUGGCUCCUACCAAACACGCAAACGGCAGCGUCACUGUAGGCGGCUUGACAACAAUUGGUGAUCCUGUCAACGAUUCUGCGGCCCAGCAAGCCUUCAGCUAUGUACGCGAUUUUUGUAUGCAUGCAACAAAUUAUCGCAACCAGCAAACUAUUGAAUCAUUGGCGCUACUAAAUCGUAGUGCAUCACUGCUUAGCACAACUGUGCAGCCACAACUAUUUAAUCCUGCACAACUGGAGACCUCCAAACUUUUCAUAGACUUGCAUGCUGUUAUGGGUAAUUUGGCUACUGAUUGCGAUGCACUUUGGGCUUGCGUUGCACUUUUGCAACAUCUAAGUCGUAAUCUGACAGCACGUCGCGCAUUGGUAGAGGAUUUUCGUUUUGUACCGCUUCUAGCCUUUGUCCUUAAGCGUUCGCAUGGACAGGAGAAAGUACAAAAGCUGCUAACACUUAUGCAGGAUCUAACUUAUGGUAUACAAAUAAGUUGGGAAGAACCAUAUUUAAUAGUGCUACUAGAGCAGCUGGUCAAUAUCAUAUAUCAAGCGGCAGAGGAAAGUGAGGACGGAUUGGCGCAGUUGGCACUAUCUGUGCUAAUCAAUUUAUGUUAUAAAAAUUUCGUAGUAAUGUUUCUCUUUUUACGUUCGGUGAAUAUAUCGAAUUUUACAAAACGCAUUCAUUUCUUUGUGGACUCUAAGGCGCAUACGUGUCUGCAUCGCACUAUGCUGGAUUAUAAAAAUUACUGCGAAGAUGUGGAGCGGCUACUCAACUGUCUGGAGUCAUGUGGCAUCGCUGAGGAUGUAGAUGAGCAAAUAUCGAAGCAACAGCACACUUGCUUGAGCUUACUUUUCCGACUGAUUCUUUAUGUACUGCAAUUAAGUACUGUGCCAGGAUCUGAGAAUAAA